ACGGCGGCCGGUAGGGACCAUACGCUGCUGUGACAGCCGUGAGCGCAACUCGUUCCCCACGUGGACGCAUAGACUGGGCGGGCACGUCUGUUGGCAGGCACAGCCCCUCACGUCAGCAUGAGGAUGGCCUCCAAGCGCAUCAGCCAGGAGACCUUUGAUGCAGCUGUGCGUGAGAACAUCGAGGAGUUUGAGAUGGGGCCGGAUGAAGCUGUGAGGGAGGCCAUGGAGCAGUUUGAGUCACAAGGCAUUGAUCUGAGCAACAUCGUGAAGACGGUGCCCAGAGUCUCUGCAGAGGGACCAGAGGAGCCAGAACACGAAGUCCUACAGGCCCUGGACGCCCUGCGGGAGGCCGUGGCCUGCUCCCAGCCGCGAGAAGUAUCGGUGCCCCUGGCCCGCUUCCGUGAUCAGUGCCAGCAGCACAGGCCCUGCCGCUUCCUGGCUGCCCAGAAGGGAGCCUAUCCUGUGCUGCUUGCCAUCUGGCAGCUGGCUGCAGCAGGCGACCCAGCCCUCCUGCUCCAGGUGCUGGACGCCCUCACUGUGCUGACAGAUGGCCAGCCCGACCUGUUGGAUGCCCAGGGCCUGCAGCUGCUGGUGGCGACGCUGUCUCAGGGUGCUGGAGUAGCCAACCUCACCUGCGCUGCGCUCCGCCUGGUGCGCCAUGUCUGCCUGAAGCAUGAGCAGAACCGUCAGGCCCUGGUCAAGGCUGGAGUGCUGCCCCUGCUGACUGGAGCCAUCGCCCAGCACAGCCGCUGCGCUGACGUCGUCCGGGAGGCCUGCGGGGCACUCCGCAUCAUGACCUUCGACGACGACAUCCGCGUGCCCUUCGGCCAUGCCCACAGCCAUGCCAAGAUGAUUGUGCAGGAGAACCGAGGCUUGAAGGUGCUGGUCAAGGCUGCCCAAGCAUUCCCUGAUGACCCCGGCGUCCUGGGUGAGCUCUGCAGCACCCUGUCACGCCUGGCUGUCCGCAAUGAGUUCUGCCAGGAGAUUGUGGACAUCGGGGGCCUGGGCAUCCUGGUGGGCUUGCUGGCUGAUUACACCAACCACCAGCCCAGAAGCCAGGAGAGGGGGCCAAGGCUGACUGCUAUGUCCUCACCACAGGACCUCAUGAAGCAGGUGCUGAGCGCCCUGCGGGCCAUCGCAGGCAACGACGAUGUGAAGGACGCCAUUGUUCAUGCUGGCGGGGCCGACUCCAUUGUGGCCACCAUGACCCGGCACUUGGCCAGCCCCCAGGUGUGCGAGCAGAGCUGUGCGGCCCUGUGUGUCCUGGCCCUGCGCAAGCCGGAGAACAGUCGGGUCAUCGUAGAGGGCGGCGGGGCCCUGGCUGCACUGGAGGCCAUGAAGGCGCACCCACAGGAAGUUGGCGUGCAGAAACAGGCCUGUAUGCUGAUCCGAAACCUGGUGGCCCGCAGCCAGGCCUUCUCACAGCCCAUUCUGGACCUGGGAGCUGAGGCGCUCAUCUCAAAGGCCCGUGCUGCCCACCGUGACUGCGAGGACGUGGCCAAGGCCGCCCUGCGGGACCUGGGCUGCCGCGUGGAACUUUGUGAGCUGUGGACAGGCCAGAAGGGUAACCUGGCACUGUGACCAGCUCAGGCACAGGGACUCAGGGUGAGUCAGGGGCUGCAGCGGGCAUGGCCCCCUGUGCUUUGUGCAGCAGCUGGGCCCACCUGCUCCCACUGUCAGGUGCAUCUGACAACAGCUGGCAAGAAGCACCCAGUCCUGGCUGCCCCGGCCCCUCCUCCUGGCCCUUUCCUCCCAGAAGGACUUUCACAGUGUUGGCAGGAGCACAGGGCCCUACUGCCUGCCGCCACCCCAUGAUGUCUGGCAUCCACUGCUGG